AUGCACCUCCGCACUAGUGACACUCGCUACCGUGCUGCGCUUCCUGCUGAGUUCUGCGCCAAGAACCCCCCCCCUAUGUACAUCACCCUCUACUACAUAGUCACCCGGCUCCCUGACUCUCUCCGCGUAGUCAAGGACCACUUCCUCUCAGUUUGCCCAACCACACUCACCGUUGACCUCCUUGAGAAGGGCCUCCUAGCAGCAGAGAAGAGCAUAGUCGCUGUAGGAGCCUCUCGUGGUGACCCUCGCACCCCCGUCUUUGAGGGGUGUUCCCCCUCCCCCCUCUUGCCCUCUGUUGCCUCUACUGCUGCGGCCGACCUCGUUGGUUUCGAGUCGGUCGGCGCUGCGUCUGCCCCGAGCGCGAGACACCGCAUCAACAAGGGCAAGGGGGGCAAGGGCGCUGGAGGGGCUGGCGGGGGCGGUGGAGCAGUGGAGGCGGAGGAGGCGGCGGCGGUGGCGGAGGGAGCGGGGGCGGCGGAGGUGGGUGAGGCGGCGGAGGCGGCGGAGGUGGCGGAGGCGGCGGCGGCAGCAGUGGACCUGGUCACAGCUCUGCGCAGAGGAGUGGUUCCGGUGGUGGUACGCGCCAGCAGCAGCAGCGCAGUCGUGAGACCCGGUCCCCUCAGCAGCUUCGUGAGUGGUACGCUGCGCGUCAGCGCGGUGGGGGUACGGGUCCCUGCACCUACGGCGGGGGUUGCUAUCUUUGAUCUUGAUUUUGAUGUUAUUCUUGCUGCCAUGUAUGCUGUUGCUGAUAGUGUUGAGGAUGACUGUUACCUGUGUGUUCCGCCUGAUCCGGGCAUUGAGCGUGCUGCUCUAUGUGCUGGCGAGGCUGCUGCUGUAGGUGCUAGCGCGUCUGCUGCCCCAGGUGCUGGUGAGUGUGCCCUCUCAGGUACCACGUCGGCUCAGGCCUUACACACCUUCACCCUUGACUCGGGUGCUUCCCGCUCCAUCUUUCGGGACCGCACCACACUUACGCCGCUUAGUCGGCCUGUUGCAGUCUCUUUGGCGGACCCCUGUGGGGGUCCUGUCCUCGCUCGCUUCUCCACUAUCUUACCGUGUCCGGCAGUCCCCUCUGGCACCCUGUCAGGUCUCUACCUCCCCUCGUUCUCUACGAACUUGGUGAGUGGAGCGGACCUACAGGAUAGGGGGGUUGACCAGUUCACUCCUGCGAGUCAGUGGGUGACCCACUGCACAUGUGCUCGGACAGGCCGACACUUGGCCACGUUCACCCGUCGGCCAGGGUCGAGCCUGUACACCCUCAGUACUAAGUCUCCUCCGGCUGCUGAGCCUGGUCAGGUCGCUGCGUCGAGUCAGGUGUUUGCUGCAGCGUCCAGGUCUGGUCCUGAGUCUGCUCCCUGCUCGUGUCGUCUCCUGUCUCACCAGACUCUCCUUUGCCACCACCGCCUUGAUCACCCCUCUCUGCCUCGUCUCCGAGGCAUGGCCUCCCGUGUCCUUGUCUCUGGUCUCCCCCUGUCUCUUUCUCCUCUACCUCCGGGGCCUGCCCCUAGCUGCGUCCCCUGCGUCGAGGGGCGAGUGUCAGUAGAACUACACUUUGAGAUCCCCGAUUGA